AUGUUUACUCCCACAUUAGGGAGAGCUCUGCGCUCUUCCAACGCCAUCUCCACACCGCCGGUAUGCACAUUUGGUCGCGUUGCCGCCUCUCAGCAAGCCCGUCCCAUACCGCUGGCCCAUCAACGGCGCCUCUCCUCCUCCAGCUCGAAACCUGUCGUACUCCCUCAUGGUCCCGCGGAUCCGAAUUCCACAAAAGGCACGGCCAACCCCAGAUCCAAGUCCAAGCAGCAAAGCUUGGAAACCGGAACUACUAAGGUCCCGCAAGAGAGGACCUCGGUCGCCGCUGGAAAGAAGGAAGCCCCCGCGUCUCCCAGACUGAACGUGCCUUCUGUUGAUAGCACUCAACAUCGAACUCUGCGUGAUCUCACGAUUUCGCACUUUUUCUCCCCAUAUGGCCCGAUCCCUGCGCAUCCGCAGAUGAUCAAAAGCAAAGAUGGGCUUUACACUGCGGAUUGGAUCCCGCGUCAAACCACCCAAGAAGCUUUCGAGGCGAUGCUCAGCCCUGGCGAUCAGAACGUCCACCAUCUCGACCGCUCCCUCCAGCCCCUCGACGAGUUUGUGGCGCAACUACCACACUUCCAUCCGCCACCCGCCCCUCGUCCUUUAAGUCAAGGCAGCGCAGUCGAUGCCUCGCCGAGAAGCGAGUAUAGCGCAUUUCCUUUCAGGCCAUCACCCAAGCGCUCGUUCGGUGCUAAGAUUGUUGUGACCGAGUCGAGGGAUGCCUCGGGAAACCGCACGUUUACCGCUCAGAUAAAGCCGAUGGAAGAGAUGAGUGCUUAUGGUGAAGAAGGUGGAUCAACAAACGAGGGAGGAAUUCGGCACACCUUUCUUGAGCGUGUGAAGCAGCGGCGCGACGGGCAGACGAAGCCGGACAUGCUAGCAAUAAGUGUGAAAAGGCAGAGAAAGCUGAAGAUGAAGAAGCACAAGUACAAGAAGUUGAUGAAGAGGACGAGAUUGCUGCGAAGGAAGUUGGACAGGCUAUGA